CAACAGAGGCUUCAACAAAUAUUAACAUGCAUGUCUAAAACAACAGGAAGUGGUCACAGAAAAUGAACUUUGCACUGCCUCAACCACAAGCCAAGUAGAGAAGGAACAUAGCUGUAAAUAUAAAACUAAUUUAGCCCAUGCUUCGCUUUAAACCGGUUAAGUAACUUUACGCCGCUCCCUAACUACCACUUCCAACACGACCUUUGACCUUCGCAUGCUCGCUGCUGUACUUUAGCAUGCAGUGGGUAAUAAAACGAGCACUGUGCACACUGGGACAAACUCGCAUUAUUAAAGACGUGCUCACACAUUCACCGAGGUCCGUGGCUCGUCGAAACAUGUCGUCGUCUCAAGCUAAACGACCGGUGUCCUUACUGGGAACUAUGGCGUUCGGUGGUCGAGCUGACGCCGAGCAGAGCCAGGACAUGGUGAAGACGUUCCUGGGCAGGGGACACAACCUGGUGGACACAGCCUUCAUGUACGCGGAUGGGAAGUCAGAGACGAUCAUAGGGGGCAUGAAUCUCCCCAAAACAGUAAGCAUAGCUACCAAGGCCAACCCCUGGGACGGGAAGACGCUGAAGCCAGAGAGUGUGCGCUCGCAGCUGGAAACCUCCCUUCAGAAGUUGCGGAGAGAUUGCGUGGACCUUUUCUACCUCCAUGCCCCUGACCACCAAAACCCCAUCCAGGAUACCCUUAGGGCCUGCAAUGAACUCCACAAAGAGGGAAAAUUCAAGGAGUUUGGCCUGUCAAACUAUGCAUCAUGGGAAGUGGCUGAAAUUGUGUCCAUCUGCAGACACAACAACUGGAUUGCUCCCACUGUGUAUCAGGGAAUGUACAAUGCCACUACAAGACAGGUUGAGACAGAGUUGCUGCCAUGUCUGAGAUACUACGGAAUGAGAUUCUAUGCAUACAAUCCUCUAGCAGGUGGCCUUCUGACAGGAAAGUACCAUUACCAAGACAAAGAUGGUUCCCAGCCUGCAGGACGGUUCUUUGGUAACAGCUGGGCUGCAGCCUAUCAGGACAGAUACUGGAAGCUGAGUCAUUUCCAGGCAAUAGAUCUGGUUCUAAACACGUUGGAGACUGUGUAUGGUUCAAACAAACCCACCAUGACGUCUGCUGCUAUGCGCUGGAUGUACCACCACUCCCAACUUAAGGGUGAUCUUGGUGAUGGAGUCAUCAUUGGCAUGUCAAGUAUGGAGCAACUUCAGCAAAACCUGGCUGCUGCAGAGGAGGGCCCUCUGGACGAGAGAGUGGUCGCAGCCUUCAAGGAGGCCUGGGAUCUCGUAGCCCACGAGUGUCCAAACUACUUCCGCUGAAGAGCCAAAAUCUCCAAUCAAUCAUCAUCCAAGUUUAUACAGAAAAUCAGAUCAGCUGAAGCCCUUUUCCCUUUGUUACUUGCUUGCACAUUUUUCCUGAAAUCACACUUGAAAAUUUUUUAUUUUCCCUUACAAACAGACCAAUUACAGACCAUUAGUAUUAACAUGUUAAUGUAUAAAUGUAAAAAUGAAAACAAAAUAUUUUUUCAGGGGGAAAAAAAUCAUAAGGAGUCUGCCUUAAUUAUACUGUUACAUUAAAAAGAAAACUAAUUUGCCCAAAUCAACAAAA